AUGUCUAACGACAAGAAGCCUGAGACUUUGGGCGUAACUGCGCCCAUUUCUCUGGUGGGACCGACAGAACAAGAACUCAAACUAUCUGAAGAUCUAGUAAAAACUCUUCAGAACAAUGGCCUAUUCGAAAGCGAGCAAGAUGCACAAAAACGUGUUGUCGUUCUCGGAAAACUUAAUUUAAUGGUAAAAGACUUUGUCUACAGAGUCAGCAAAUCAAAGGGAUUCCCCGAUUCACUAGCAAAAGAGGCCGGUGGAAAGAUCUUUACUUUUGGAAGUUAUCGUCUGGGCGUCCAUGGCGCAGGUGCGGAUAUUGAUACUUUAUGUGUUGUUCCUAAACAUGUUGAAAGAGAGCAAUUCUUCACCAUCAUGUACGAGAUGCUGAAAGAACGAUCAGAAGUUACAGAACUCACUUCCGUACCUGACGCUUAUGUACCUUUGAUUAAAAUGCAUUUCUCUGGAAUUCCUAUCGAUUUUGUGUGUGCUCGACUUGCAAUCGCACGCGUUUCAGAUGAUCUCGAUUUGUCAGACAACAAUCUCCUCAAAAACCUUGACGAACGAUGUGUUCGUAGUAUAAACGGUUCUCGAGUGACAGAUGAAAUUCUACGUCUUGUACCCAAUAUUACAGCAUUCCGUACUGCACUUCGCACAGUAAAAUUGUGGGCAAAGAGAAGAUGUGUAUACUCCAACGUCAUUGGAUUCUUGGGUGGUGUUGCAUGGGCCAUGCUUGUUGCUAGAAUAUGUCAGCUGUAUCCUAAUGCAUGCUCGGCAACUAUUGUCGCCAGAUUCUUCCGCAUUCUCCACAGAUGGAAAUGGCCCCAACCCGUUCUUCUCAAGAACUUGGAAGAUGGUCCAUUGCAAGUCCGAGUGUGGAAUCCUAAACUUUAUCCAGCAGACAGAAACCACCGCAUGCCUAUCAUUACACCUGCAUACCCAUCGAUGUGUGCUACUCACAACGUGACAGACUCUACGAAAGCGAUCAUGCUAAAAGAAUUUCAAAGAGGCGAAGAGCUUUCAGAAAAAAUUAUGCUUGGACAGGGAAGUUGGGAAGAACUGUUUGUAAAAAGCGAUUUCUUCCAUGCCUACAAACACUAUUUACAAGUCAUUGCAACCUCUGAUUCGCUUGAAACUCAACUUAAAUGGUCUGGUUUGGUAGAAUCUAGAUUCCGUCAGCUAGUACUUAAGCUAGAGUUAGUCGAAAUGCUUGUUUUGGCCCACCCUUAUGUUAAGGGUAUAGACAAAGUCCAUUAUUGUCUAACUGAGAAAGAAAGAGUCGAUGCUGCUCGCGGCAUAUAUUCAAAUGAGCGUACAUUCCCAUUGAGUGAAGGCGAUAUGGAAACAGACCACUUGGAACUUAUCCAAGAAAAGACUGGUCUGACAAAAGAAGAGAGAGAGAAUAUAAAAACGGUUUACAGCACAACAUUUUACGUUGGUCUCUGUGUGGAACCAAAGACAGCUGGUACAACUGGCACACGAAAGUUGGACUUGGUGUGGCCUACGCAAGAAUUCAUUAAGCUAGUCAAAACCUGGGAUAAUUAUGACGAGAACACAAUGAAAAUCACAGUGAAGAAUGUUAAAGGAUCUAUGCUCCCGUCUGAUCUCGUAGGCGAAGACAAGAAGCUUAAGAGACCGUCAACCAAGAUUCCUGCAAAUGUAGAGCAACCGGCGAAGAGGCAGAAAAACGAGGAGGAGGCAAUAGAGUCUCCUGUGGUGCAGCCUGCUACUCCAGUGGUUGCGGCCGGGAAUACUUCGACAGAGAACGGUGGCGGGACCAAUUAAAACACAUGGCUUGACUUGGAUAGUGAGUAAGAUAUUUACAACCCUACACUUCUUUAGUUUUUUUUUCUUUUUUGUUUACACAGGUUCAUAUUGGAAUCCGUUUUUCCAAUCGUAGUGUCUUUAUAUCGCCACCUUAUUUUGUAGAAUUCUAGGCCUUCUCUUUCUCCAAGAUGUAAAUAUCAUUCAUAAAUCAAGCAAUAAAGCAAUAAAGACAUUUUCGAUGCUUU